AUGGUCUUCUCCCGCCACCUCUUCAAUCAAAGCCGCCUUCGCAUUCCCAUUCCCCGUGCUCGCAUCUCAGGCAGCUCAGCCCUCUGCUACUACACCCUCAAAAUGCCCAUCCGGAUGUACACCGACACUCCCCCAUCCUCACCUCCUCCUACGUCCUCUCACCCCUCUGAAAAUCAAUCUCACCAACCCACCAACCCACCAAGCGACUCAACCCACACCCUCCGCACCAACUUCAUCCCUCGCCCCGACCACCUCUCCAAACAGAUCCUCUGGAUCGGGUGCUCCGACAGCGACUGCACCGAGACCACGACCCUCAACUUCCUCCCAGAAGAGAUGCUGGAGCACCGCAAUCUAGGCAAUAUGAUCAUUCCGGGAGAUCUGUCGAGUGAGAUCUCCAUUCGCCACGCGGUGUGCGAGUUGCGAGUGAAGCAUAUCGUGGUGUGUGGACAUUACGGGUGUGGGAUUGUGAGGGCGUCAUCGAGGGAGGGACUACCGGGCCUGUGGUCAAGGUGCGUAUACCGUGUACUCGACGUGUUGGAACUAUAA